UCCGUGUGGCUCUUUGAACAAGAGGAAUAUUUGGUGUUGAUGUACCAUCAUGCCCAGGGCUUGGUCGCUCAUACCGGAUUUAGGGAUUGAAGAGAAUGCAACGUCUGCUGUUUCAAAACAAACUGGAGCAGCAUAAAGUAUUGUCUUGCAGUAUUGACGAGUUAACGAUUUGACACGAAGCAGUGGCUAAAUGACUUUAUCACAAUAUUUUCUUCUUGAAAUUCAGCUGUUCUCCAGACAGUUAUAUUUACGUUUUAAUAGUGAAAGUUACAUUUGAAUAAUACCCGUAAUGCCGUGCAACAUCGCGGUUUUUGACAACGUAAUGCUGCAGUAACAGCGGUAAUUACUAUAAAUUUGAUGACUGUCUUGCCGCAGCAGAGAAAUAGUCAAAGAUGCGUUUUUUAUGCUUCAGUCAGUGGGCGUGUUUUCAUCCAGAUAACGGGACUCGGUAGAGAGCAGAGCUUGUUGUCGUCCACUUCUCCUGUACCUGCGCGUAUCCAGUAAAACUGCUCCAAUUCAGCGAUAACAAAUACGUUUUAAUAUCGUUAAAGAAGAUGCGACAAGGACCAACAGUAAACUAGCUAGGGGUGAGGGCAACGUGCGGCGGUGCGUUUGAUCAAACGGUAGCGAACUGUUAGGUGACGUUAGGAAUGAGCCGUUAGAGUAACCGUUUGGUCCUUUCGAACACACUUUAAAGCUGGAUAUUUUGUAUCCAAUGGUAACGUAUUAGUGAGUAUUUCUUGGCUUCAGAAGUUACCAUUAUGGAAAGCGACAAAUCGGAGCCGAGUGAACCCAAGGGCGCCGAGUGUCCGAGCACAAGCGACUCCGAAAAGAAAGCACUCCUCGGCACAAAGAGUGCCGUGGAGACAGAAGCUCCCAAACCCAAGACCCAGGGGAUAAGUGCAGUCGCGGUGCUGUGGACGUUUGGGAAAUGUCUGGGAGCCUUGCUGCCCGUCUACCUGGCCGGUUACUACCGGGUCAGCACCAGUCUGUUGGUGUUCGGGAUGAUGGUCUACACGGGAUGGAAACAUGCCCGAGAAGCCAAGGAGGCACGCCUGAAGUCAGCCAUACAGUUUCUCAACAACGAGGAGGAGUACACAUCCAUGAAAGUGUCCAAAAUCAAGCGAGACCUUCCUGCAUGGGUCAACUUUCCAGAUGUUGAGAAGGUUGAAUGGCUGAAUAAGGUCCUGCAGCAGGUGUGGCCAUUUGUCGGCCAAUAUCUUGAGAAGCUGCUGGUGGAAACCAUUGCUCCAUCUAUCCGAGCCUCAAGCACCCACCUCCAGACCCUCAGCUUUACAAAAGUGGACAUGGGAGACAAGGCCAUGAAGGUUGUAGGGAUCAAGGCACACACAGAGAAUGACAAAGGACAAGUGCUGCUAGAUCUGUAUAUUAGCUAUGUUGGCAAUGUAGAGAUCAAUGUUGAGGUGAAGAAAUACUUCUGCAAAGCUGGAAUCAAAGGAAUACAGUUACAUGGGAUGAUGCGGGUGAUUCUGGAGCCUCUGAUUGGAGAUGUGCCCAUAGUGGGUGCAGUCACCAUGUUUUUCAUCCGUCGUCCUAAACUAGACAUCAAUUGGACUGGACUGACUAAUCUGUUGGACAUCCCUGGACUGAAUGUCAUGUCUGACAGCAUGAUUAUGGAUGCCAUUGCCUCUUUCUUGGUGCUGCCAAACCGCCUGGUUGUCCCCCUGGUUCCAGGCCUGCAUGUGGCCCAACUACGCUCUCCUUUGCCCAGGGGUGUGGUACGCAUCCACCUACUGGAGGCACAGAAUCUAGCAGCCAAGGACAACUACGUGAAAGGGGUUAUGGCUGGCUUGUCUGACCCCUAUGCCAUAUUGAGGGUGGGCCCUCAGACCUUCACCUCCCAACACAUUGACAACACAGACUCUCCCAAGUGGGAAGAGAUGUAUGAGGUCAUAGUCCACGAAGUGCCUGGUCAAGAGUUGGAGGUGGAGGUAUAUGACAAAGACCCAGACCAGGAUGAUUUCCUGGGCAGGACCAAAUUGGAUUUGGGCAUUGUAAAGAAAUCCAUAGUUGUCGAUGAUUGGUUCACAUUGAAAGACACUCCAUCAGGACGGGUUCAUUUCAGACUGGAGUGGUUGGCCUUACUGCCUAGCACUGAUCGACUAGAGCAGAUCCUAAAGAGGAAUGAAAGCGUUACUAGUAAGGCUGGUGAUCCACCUUCUUCAGCCAUCUUGGUUGUAUAUCUGGACAAGGCUGAGGCACUUCCUAUGAAGAAGGGAAAUAAAGAGCCCAAUCCCAUGGUGCAGUUGUCUGUGCAGGACAUCACUAGAGAGAGCAAGACUUGUUACACAACCAUUAAUCCCGAGUGGGAAGAAGCUUUUACCUUCUUCAUCCAGGAUCCUCGCAAGCAGGACAUAGACAUUCAGGUGAAGGACGCUGACCGUGUGCAGACGUUGGGCAGUCUGACCAUCCCUUUGUCCCGUCUGCUGUCCAAUUCUAAUCUUUCUCUGGACCAGUGGUUCCAGUUGGACAACUCUGGAUCUGCCAGUCGCAUCUAUAUCAACACAGUUCUCAGGACCCUGUGGUUCGAUGAGGAACAUAUUCCAUCUGAUGUGUCAUCUAAUCUGGAGGCUGGACUGUCCAAACAGUUGCCCAAGCAGACCUCCCCCCAUCCUAGCUUUGCCACAGAGGGACUGCUUAGAAUUCACCUGUUGGCAGGGCAGAAUCUUGUUCCAAAAGAUAACUUGAUGGGGGGCAUGGUAAAAGGCAAGAGCGACCCCUAUGUCAAGAUCAACAUCGGGGGUGAAACAUUCACAAGUCAGGUUAUCAAGAGUAAUCUUAACCCCAUGUGGAAUGAGAUGUAUGAGGUGAUUCUUACCCAGCUGCCUGGCCAGGAGCUGCAUGUGGAGGUGUUUGAUAAAGACAUGGACAUGAAGGAUGAUUUCAUGGGCAGGCUGAAGAUCAGUCUGAAGGACAUCAUCGAUUCUCAGUACACUGAUCAGUGGUACACUCUCAGUGAUGUGAAAUCUGGUCGAGUUCACCUGGUACUGGAAUGGGUUCCAACAGCUUCAGAGUCAGACAGAUUGGACCAGGUUCUUCAGUUCUUUUCCAGACAGUCCUACCAAAACAAGACAGUUCCCUCAGCAGGCCUACUGUUUGUCUUUAUCGAGCAAGCAGAUGGCUUACCAGUUAAGAAGAGUGGUAAGGAGCCAAAAGUGGGAGCAGAGGUUACUCUUGGAGAAAUGUCCCGCAAAACUACAGUGUGUGAUCGUACCACAUCACCGCAGUGGAAUGAGGCAUUCUGCUUCCUGGUUCGAGACCCCCGAGAAGAUAUUCUUGUUAUUAAGCUCACUCACAGCUGGACCUUGCCCAUUGGUUCCCUGGUGGUUCCUAUCAGAGAGCUGCUGUCUGAACCCGAGCUGGUCCUGGACCAGUGGUUCCAUCUGGAUGGAGCCUCACCUGAGAGUCAGGUUCUUCUGAGAGCUGAACUCAAGAUGCUGAUUCCUAGCAAAUGUCCAGGUGCCGCUGAUAAGGCUAUGGUCACUUCAGUGUCAGACCCUUCCCCUGCUCAGCAAAAACAGGAGACAGACAUAGUGCUGAGGUUAAGUUCAGUGGACGCUCCUCCUGUGGAGACUAUUGUCCCUUCAGCGUCCUUACAUGAAGAUGUUGACGUAAAGGAAAGAGCAGCUAAUGUGACUGAGGAGAAGGUGGAAGAAUCACCAAGCUCUGCCAUAGCACAACCUCUUCAUACGUCCCCAGACCUCAGCUUUGCCAGUGAGGGGCUGCUGAGGAUCAUCCUUUUGGAGGCCCAGAGUCUGGUUGCCAAAGAUAACAAGAUGGGCGGUAUGGUGAAGGGCAAGAGUGACCCCUAUGCCAAGAUCAAUGUUGGAGAGUUUGCAUUUAAGAGUCAUGUCAUCAAGGAGAAUCUCAACCCGGUCUGGAAUGAGAUGUAUGAGGUGGUGCUGAGGCCUCAGUCAGGACAGGAGGUGCAAGUAGAGCUGUAUGACAAAGACAUGGACAAAGAUGACUUCCUGGGCAGAUUCAAAAUCAGUGUGGCAGACAUCAUCCGUUCCCAGUACACAGACCAGUGGUACACCCUAAAUGACGUGAAGUCUGGACGUGUUCGCCUGAUACUGGAGUGGGUACCAGCAGUGUCCCAUAAUGCCUCUCUGGACCAAGUGAUGCAGGUGCAGUCUCUCCAGUCUUACCAGAACAAGACCGUUCCCUCUGCAGCCCUGCUGUUUGUUUAUGUGGACAGAGCACACUUAUUGCCUUUUAAGAAAAGUGGAAAGGAGCCCAAGGCUGGGGUCGAGCUUGUUUUUGGUAACACAACCUACAAAACCAAGGUAUGUGAUCGCUCCAGAUCACCUGAGUGGAAUGAGGCAUUCUACUUCUUGGUUCGUGACCCCAGAGAGGAGAUGCUCAUAAUGAAGUUGUCAAGUGCAUGGGACCAGCCAACGGGAUCUCUUGUAGUCCCUGUGAGAGAGCUGCUCUCUGAACCACAGCUGGUCCUGGACCAGUGGAUGCCUCUGGAUGGAGCCUUACCUGAAAGUGAGAUCCUGCUGAGAGCUGAACUGAAGAUCCUGAGCUCACGGAUGACUGAAGCGCCGCAGCCUUCUGUGACUGGAUCAAAGAAAGAAGAGAUGGUCGUUUCUGCUGAGCAGACAUUCAAUGCAGCCAGUGAGGACAAAGAAAGAUUGGUUGCAGUAUCCAGCCAGUUUAAACACUCUGAAGCAGAUGCCACAGCCUCCACAGAAGAUGCUACUCCCGCUGAACCAGCUGCCAUUCACACUGCACCUUUUACGUUCCCUGCUGCUGCUGCUCUGGUGGAGGAACCAACAGAUCCAAAAGAGCAUCCCACACAGUCAGACACUGCAGUUAAAGGAGACUUUGAACCACAAACAAUACAAAAAGAAGGUACUGGUUUAGGCAACCUUGCUCACGCCACAGUGACCAGUCUUCCUGCUGACACCCUGAAGCCAGCAGAGGUCACAGAAAUCCCCAAAGCUGGUGAAGUUCUUCCACCACACACCACCCCCAACCAGGACUUUGGUAAAGAGGGGCUGCUGAGGAUUCACCUGCUGGAGGCCCAGAAUCUGGUUGCCAAGGACAACCUGAUGGGGGGCAUGGUGAAGGGCAAGAGCGACCCCUAUGUCAAGAUCAACGUGGGGGGAGUUGCAUUCAAGAGUCAUGUUAUCAAGGAGAAUCUCAACCCAACAUGGAAUGAAAUGUAUGAGGUGGUUUUGACUGGGCAUAGCGUCCAGGAAAUCAAGUUUGAAGCAUUUGAUAAGGAUUUAGAUUCUGAUGACUUCCUUGGCAGAUUCAGUAUUAAGCUAAAUGAGGUCAUCAGAUCCCAGUACACAGAUCAGUGGUACACUCUGAAUGAUGUGAAGUCUGGGCGGGUUCACUUGAUACUGGAAUGGGUUCCUACAGUGUCAAAUUCAGUCAGACUUGACCAGGUGCUGCAGCUUCAAUCUCUCCAGUCUUAUCAGAACAAAGCCGUCCCCUCUGCUGCUCUGCUCUUUGUCCAUAUGGAGAGAGCACACUCAUUACCUUUGAAGAAGAGUGGAAAGGAACCCAAAGCAGGAGCUGAGCUUGUUCUGGGUGAAACAACCUACAAAACUAAACUGUGUGAGCGCAGUACCAGUCCUCAUUGGAAUGAGUCUUUCUACUUCCUGGUCCAUGACCCUAAACAACAGAUGCUUGUUGUAAAGUUGUCCAGUGGUUGGGACCAGCCAAUGGGAUCUCUGGUGGUUCCUGUCAAGGAGCUGCUUGCAGAGCCACAGCUGGUCCUGGACCAGUGGUUCUAUCUGGAUGGAGCCUCAACUGAGAGUCAGAUCCUGCUGAGGGCUGAACUCAAGAUUCUAGAUUCCAAAAUGGUGGAUAUGAUCAGUGCAGGGACUCUGCCCUGUGCUGCUUCUCGCGGUGGAUCUGGAAAUGGGCAGGUGAAGUUGUCUCUUUCAUAUGCCUCACAGCAGAGACAGCUCAUCGUCAUCGUCCAUGCCUGCAGAGGUCUGUUGUCUCAAAGUAAGGAUGGUGUAGACAGCUAUGUCUCCCUCAUGCUGCUGCCAGACAAAAGCAAGGCUACCAAGAGGAAGACCGCAGUGAAGAAAAGAGACCUCAACCCAGAAUACAAUGAGAGGUUUGAGUACGAUCUGCCUGUGGCUGAGACGAGAUUCAGGCGCCUCAGUGUAUCAGUGAAGAAUAACUCGGCCUCAUUCAGGAGCCGUGACGUAAUUGGACAGGUGCAGAUCGAGUUGGCUCAGCUUGAUCUGAUUUCUGGUGUCACAGAAUGGUUCACUCUGAAAGACGAAGCUGAAUAGUCGUUCUGCUUGCUGAUGUCGUAGUACAAUGAUAAUGACAACGUCGUCAUCACUCAAGUUGGCAUUGUGACACUGCUGCAGCUCACACUGAUGCCUUUUGCUUCCCACCUUUGCAUACAGUACCACUGUGGCAGCCUUACCUGCAUCCACCCAGCUCUCUGUGUAUUAACAUGUAGUAUAGAAUUGCACUAAACUGUAUAUUCACAGACAUCAAUACUCUCACCAAAGAUAAGUAGGCUGAAGUAGCUGAGUUGAUGAGAAUGAUGAGAAUAAAGUGCAAGUUUGUUUUGACUGAAGGUUACUAUAUGAUGAGAUAAUAGUUUUAAGAUUGAGUGGAGCAAGUGAAAGAUGAACAAGCCCAGAAAGGAUGAAGUCAUAUUUUGUUGCUUUGUUUGCUUUUUUUUUUUUUUUUUUGCUGCAAGAAUGUUUUAAAUCUGAGAUUAUCUUGUUUGAAGUGCAGAAACAUUUUUUAGACUAUAGUUUUUUUUAAUGUAUUGCUCAUAAAUGCUAUUGCUGUUUCAGUAUUUUGGAUCUGUUUUAUGACAUGCUUACAUUGGAGUUAUUUUAUAUUUCACAGCACCCUGUGUUUGAAAUUGCUUUUGAAGAUCAUUUUAAUAAGAUUUUUUUUCUACAUGUAUUUGUUACACCGACAUCAUAAUUAAAUCAUGGUAUGUUUGAUUUUGUGCAUAUUUCCAAAGAUUAUGGAUCAGAUCCGAUACUGUUUGAAAGAUGGAAACAAAAAUAAACAUUUUGCACAUCUCA